UGUUCCCAAGCAGCCCCCACCCCACAGUCCUUCGAGGCGACGAUCACUCAUCCUCUCUUUUCCCAGAUCCCAGGUGUUAACAUUGUUCCACCCCUUUUCCCUCACUGCCGGCAAAAGAGAGACUUCAGAGAGAUAGUAGAUGAAAGACGAUGGCCAUAUUGUUAUAGUCAGUCCUCUUGAUGAGAAUCAACAUCCAGUCCUUUAAACCCCCUUGCUUCCUCCUCCCUUUUCGUAGUAUGACAGAAUCCACAGAGAGUAAGAAAUGGGUUUUUUUUUCAGAGUAGGUAGCUAGAAAUGAAAUAUAAUUGGAUUCUGACAUCACAGAAUUUAUGAGUACAUACUAUCAGAUUUUCAGUUAUAUUCUAGGAUAGAUAGAUAGAUAGAUAGAUAGAUAGAUAGAUAGAUAGAUAGAUAGAUAGAUAGAUAGAUAGAUAGAUAGAGAUAAUAGGUAGGUAGGUAGAGAUCCUUUGGGUUACUAAUUCCUGAUGACUACCUGGUUAAGUCACUGCAGUUUUCUUGGCAAGAUUUCAGAAAUGGUUUGCCAUUGCCUCCUUCAUAGGGCUAAGAGACUGUGACUGGCUGAAGGUCGCCAAUUUGUUUUGUGCCUAAUGCAGAACUAGAACUUACAAUCUCCCAGUUUCUAGCUUGGUGGCUUAACCAUUACCAAGAUGGCUCUACAAUAAUCAUAAAUAUAAUAGAGGUACUGUAGCCCUUGUUUAACAGCUGUCUUGUUUAGCGAUCUUUUGCAGUUAUGGUGAUGAAAAAGUAAAUUCUUCCAUUUAUGACCUUCACAGGUCUGUAAAGCAAAGAAAAGCUGAGCUAAGACCAUUACUACAGUUGUCAUUUCACUUAGCAACCAUUUUGCUUAAUGAUCAAGUUGCUGGUCCCAAUUAUGGUUUCCUCAGACCAUGAUGCCAAAAACACUUGCAAAAUGGAGUUGUAAAAAACACUUGGUCCUCAGGAGAGAAAUAGAGGAAAGACCUUCAUUGAUGUUUCUAUUAUGGAACUUUGGGACACCUAGUCAAGACUUGAAGAGCUAAAGUAGAAAGUCUCUGGGUCAUGCUUGUGGAAGCAAUUACAUUGCCACUUAAUUUAAUGGGCAAUAUACCAUCAACUGAAAGCUAGGAACCCAGAUACCAAGCAGGAGACAAUCUUCUACUGCAUCAAGAGAAUUAGCCACUUUAAAAGAGUUUCUGGACUGAUUUACGGUUAUGAUGAUCAGACAGAUUAUAGAAAGAAAAGUAUUAUAAUGUAACUAUACAGAGAGAGAUUAGAAUAUCAUAAGAAUAUCAUGUCAUUUAUUUUUUCUUUCUUUUUCUUUUUUCUUUUUUUCUUUUUGUCUUCUUUAUUUUAUAUAAGUUGUGUUCGUUUUUAUCUUCUUGUUUAAAAGUUGUAAUGGCAUAUAUGGGGGAGCUAGAUGGCAGAUUGGUUAGAACAUUGAUUCUUGACAUGGGUUCAAAUCCUGAUUGGUACCCAUCUUACUAGUAAGGGUCUUUGGGCAAAGAUCCUCAAGCACUUUACCUGCCUGCCUCAGAUAUGAGACCAACAGGAACUAAGAGAAUCAGGCCAACUUGAAUAUCACCAGGAAUAACAAGGUCCACUACUAGGACAAUCUAAAGGUAAGUGGGCUAAUGGAAGAAACUAUACAUGGAUGAGACAAGAACAUCUGGAAUGCUACUAUGACAGCAGACUUAAUGAGAGGGGAUGUAUGUAGCAUAAGAGGGGACUAUAAAUGGACAGAAGUCCCACUUUUCUUUUUAAUCUCCCACCCCACACAAAUGCACUCAUUUGUCAAAGAGGAAAUUAUUGCCCAGCUGCAAAAUGCAAUUGCAUUGGUAGAAAUUGUGCAGUCAGGCAAGGUCAUGGGGCUGCAUAACAAGGAUAAUCGGUAAUAAAUGAGGCAGAAACCAAAAUGAGGAAGAUUCAUUGCCAAAAUACAAAAAUAGAGCUUUACAUUGUGCAGAUGCAGAGCAGAAGCAACAUACGUGGCAUCAGCAGGUUCUCAUGACCGGAAGCACGCAGUAUGGGAUUUUGAGCAUAUAGCUUGGAUGCAACUGGCAAAAUGUUUGUAUUGCACAGAAUAAGAAGCAGCUGAAGUUUCUUCUUGGCUUUAAUAAAGAAGUCAUGAAAUCUAUGAAUUUCCCACGAGAAAAAGGCAAUACCUUCACGACUUGUGGAUCUUCCCCCUCUUCUCCUUCUGUUAAUGGCUUUGAUUGUAAAGGGCUCCUAUUCAUCUUUCUUGGACUUGCAGUGUUUGUCUCCUUUUGCCUGGCAGCAGCAUCCCUUUACUAUGUUGUUGCACUAAAAACAGAACUAGCAGUCCUAACCAGCAAGCUGAAUGGCAGGAUUCAGGCAAGGAAUUCACUUCCACGGCUUGAUGAACCCAAGGCAGCCAGCCCCUUCACUUCAUACUGGAAGAUGGCCAACGCAGCUUCUAGCCAGGGAAUUGUUUUGGGAUCACAUCGAGGAAACCGAAACAUAAUGUGGACUGGAGACAGACACAGGGGGAAAAGAUCCCCCUCUCAGAGAGGAGAAACAGUAUUACAGUCGUGUCUGCAAUUGAUGGCUGACAGCAGAAGUGCCAUUCAGCAACAUGAUGAUUCAAGUAUAGUUCCCUGGCUUCUUAGCUUUAAAAGAGGAACAGCUCUGGAAGAACAUGGAAAUAAAAUACUGGUCAGAGAAACUGGCUACUUCUUCAUAUAUGAUGAAAUGUUUGUAAUGGGACAUUUGAUUCAGAGGAAAAAAGCCCACGUUGUUGGAGAUGAUCUCAGUCUGGUUACAUUAUUUCGUUGCCUGCAAAACAUGCCUGAAACCUCUCCUAACAAUUCUUGUUAUACAGCAGGUGUUGCAAAAUUAGAAGAAGGAGAUGAACUUCAGCUUACCAUACCACGCACAAGUGCCAAAAUAGUCUUGAAUGGAGAUGUCACAUUUUUUGGUGCAGUCAGACUUCUGUGAAAGUCUUUUUGAUGUGCACCAAGAUAUUUCAGGAAUUAUGAAAUAAUUUGAAAUCAUUAUGGGGGUUUGUUGCAUAUUACCUCUUCAGUAAGUUGAGUGAUGGGUUUUUUUUUAAAAAAAGGUAUUAACUUAUUCAGAAAGAGGAAAUCCUACUCAUGCUUCUCGUGCACUACCCUCUCAUGUGUGGAUUACCAGAAAUGAAACUUUUCUUGUGAAAAUAUAAAUAGCUUUAUUAUGUAAGAAGAGUUGAACUUCUGUUGAAUCAAUUCUGGAGUGCAAAGUCUGUUCACAAAUGGUCAUCCUUCUGAGCCCAACAAAGUCACAGACAGGACAAGGUGUAAAUAUCUCAACUUUACCUACAUUGCCUCCAAGCAACUGCAACUGGAGAAUCAAGAUUCGCAUCUUGCAAUCUGCAGAAGAGGAAGAAAGAAAUCAUACUGCAUCUGAACAGCAUCAAGUAUCCUACAGAGAGCAAUAAAAAUAUGAACUAUAGCAGGAAGUACAUGGUUCCUCUUUAGGACACCCAUGAACAUGGUUUCAGAUAUGAACAUAAAUCAAAAUAAUGUUUAUAUGAUUCUUAUUCAAGUAACUAUGCUAUACCAGAAUGCUAUAGUUAAAGGGCUAAGCAAGCCAUGGGGUGUAUUUUCUAUUUGUCAUCUUAUUUACUAAUAAUCUGCAGAUAUUCUUGAUUUUAAGUACUUAAACAUUAAUUCACUUAUUAUUCAGACUGAAUAUGUGUAUCGGCACUCAUUGUAAAUUUUAGUUCAUUUGUAUUGUCUUUGAAAUAUAAAAAACCACAGCAAA